AUGAAAGAUGGAAAGUUCUCUAAAAGGUUUCCUAAAAGCUUCCAAGAUCAGACCACGUUUGAUAACGACGGAUUUCCUAUUUAUAGACGCCGAGAUACCGGUGUCAAGGCCCGUAAAGGCGGUGUGGAGCUUGACAAUAGAUGGGUUGUGCCACAUAACCUUGAAGUCCUCAAGAAAUUUCAAGCCCACAUCAAUGUAGAGGCUUGCAACCAGUCUUACCUUAUAAAGUAUCUUUUCAAGUAUUGUAAUAAAGGUGCUGUUGCUGCAAGGUUGGGUGUUGCUGCGGACACUUCAGCAGCCAUAGAUAAUGACAUAAACAGCAGUGAGGGUGUGGAUGAGAUUGCUGAAUACAUUAAGUCAAGAUAUCUUUCGUGGUGUGAAGCGGUAUGGCGGUUGCUUGGUUUCGAGAUUCAUGAGAAAUUCCCAGCGGUUGAGAGGUUGCAUGUGCACCUGCCUGGUUUGAAUAUAGUUGCUGUAUCUGAAGAGGAUGACCUGGAGGAGGUUGCGAACGAUCUUGGUUCAAGCAAGAGUACAUUGUCGGAAUGGUUUGUUGCAAAUCAAAAAUUCCCAGCAGCACGCCAGUACACCUAUUAUGAGUUCCCAAAGUAUUACACUUGGAACAACAAGGAAAAGGUGUGGGAAGGUCACAGGCGAGGGAACAAAAUAGGCCGCCUGCGUUUUAUUCAUCCUGGUGUAGGUGAUGCAUUCUAUCUUAGGAUGCUGCUCAUGGUUGUUAAAGGCGCAUUUAAUUAUGCUGAUGUUAGAACCUAUGAGGGUAUUGUGUACAACACAUUUCGAGAGGCUUGCCAGGCACGUGGGCUGAUUGGCGAUGAUAGUGAGUGGGCAUCUCUAUUUGAUGAGGCUGUUCAGUGGGCAAACGCAUUCCAGCUUAGAAGCAUAUUUAUGACAGUUUUGGUAUUCUGUGAUGUGGGCAAUGUGAGAGCACUUUUUGAUGCCUAUUGGAAAUAUAUGGCUGAUGAUAUUAAGUACAGGAUGCAGAGAAAUAUUGGUAAUCCUGUGUAUGUUGUUCCAGACAACGUGCUAUUGUCAGGUCUAUUGAGAGAACUAUCUUCGAUGUUUUCGAAUAAUGGACUUUCUAUGUCUUCCUACGAUCUGCCUCCACCUUCUGACCUUACACAUGAUGAGGGUUCUAAUAGGUUAGUUCUCGAAGAAUUAUCCUAUGACAGGACAGCACUGGCUGCUGAAGCAACAGCUAUGUCUUUGGCGCUUAACAGCGAGCAGCGUGCUAUUUAUGACACUUGGGUGUUAGAUGUAGGUGAGGGGAAAGUUUCAGUACAUAGAAAGGAAGGAGAGACCGAAGAUACAUGGAUUAGCAUACCUAAUGAUAUAGUUUUGCUUCCAGAGGGUGACAAAAUUUUGGCUGUUAUUGAUGCUGUUUACAGUGAUUUUGGCAGCUCUUUUGCCUCUGUGCCCUACCUAGCACAGAGGUGCAUAGUCUGUCCUGUAAACACGGUUGUUGAUGAGGUCAAUGAAAUUAUGGUGGACAGAGUGACUGGUGAGUCCAAAGAAUAUCGGAGCUAUGAUCAAAUUGCAAACUCCAUAGAGAUGCCAUCUGACUACGAGAUGAUGGCGUGCAUUCCAUUGAAGAGGGUCUGCCCAGACCAUUCCCGCUGGAAAGUCAAUGUCAGAGCAGUUAGGUUCUAUGAAAAGUUCACAAAUGACCAGCCACCGAAGCUGUCCAGAUUUGAAUUCAUCAUGUUGGAUGAGGAGAAUGUGGCCAUGGAGGCUACCAUCCCAGCAAAAUGGAUUGAUGAGCAAAGGCCCAAGCUUAUAGAAGGCAGGUUGUACACCAUACAAUACUUUGAGAUGCUAUAG